AUGACGUCCAUAGGUACGGGUUACGAUUUGCUCAACUCCAUCUUCUCGCCCGAUGGCCGAAACUUCCAGGUCGAAUAUGCUGUCAAGGCAGUCGAAAAUGGUGGCACCUCGAUCGGCAUCCGCGCCAAAGAUGGCGUGGUCCUCGCUGUCGAGAAGAUCAUCGGGUCAAAACUUCUGAAGCCGGGUGCCAACAAGCGCAUUGCGACGGUCGACGAGCAUGCUGGAGUGGUAUACUCAGGCAUGGUGCCCGACGGACGUCACUUUGUUGAUCGCGCUCGCGACGAGGCUCAGUCAUGGCGCCAGACCCUCAAGACACCCAUCCCUACAUCGGAGCUCGCCUCGCGCAUGGGCAGCUACUUGCAAGCCUACACCAUGUAUGGUUCCGUGCGACCGUUUGGUAUCACAGCGAUUGUCGGUGGUGUCGACGGCUCCGGAGACGAAGUUAUCGACGGCGUUGUCGGCUCGGGGCCGAGCACCGGUGCGGGCGGCAAGGUGGAUGGGAAGCACGGAGGCCCCUUCCUCUACGUGAUUGAGCCCAGUGGCCAGUACUGGGGGUACUACGGUGCUGCGACCGGAAAGGGGAGACAGGCAGCCAAGGCGGAGCUCGAGAAGCUGGACCUCGCUGCCGGCAACAUCACAUUGGAGCAGGCGGUCAAGGAGGCUGCCAAGAUCAUCUACAACGCACACAAGGACAACAAGGACAAGGACUUUGAGCUAGAGAUGUCAUGGAUCAGCGGUGUGGACGGACCGACCGGCGGGCGACACAUGGAGGUGCCUCAAGAGCUCAAGGAGGAGGCUGAGCGGUUAGCGAGGGCGGAAGACGAGUCAGAUGACGAAGAGGAUGAGAAGAAGGACGAGAAGAUGGAGGAGUAG